UGUUCCUGACAUGGCCGUGACAGUGUUUGUUCGAACGUUUGAUGGACGUCGGCUACUACUAACGUUUGAUUGUGGUCUUGCGCGUUUUGAAGAUAUACGAAAUGAAGUCUGUAGAAACUCGGGUAUACCUUGUGAAGAGAUAAUACUUUGUCGCAGAGGAAAGUUAUUGCGAGCAAACAGUGUUGUUGAUGACAUGAGUAGUAUUGAUGCUUGUCUUAGUCUUCCUGGUGGUAAAGGAGGAUUUGGAUCAAUGUUAAGAGCACUUGGAGCCCAGAUUGAGCGUACAACUAACAGAGAAGCUUGCAGAGAUCUAAGCGGUCGAAGAAUGAGAGAUGUGAAUGCACAGAAGCAGGUUGCUGAAUGGAUUUCUCAUGAAGCAGAGCGUGAGAAGCAGAAGGCUGAUGUCAAACAAAAGAAGUUGGAACGGCUUCUGGCUGAGCCAAGUCAUAAAUGUGAUGAUCGUAAUUAUACAAAGCAGUUGAAAGAGACAGCAGAGAGAUUAGAGGCUUCUGUGAAGAAAGGCUUGACUUCUGUUACUGAAGCAGGUCCUAGUGGUGUUAAAAGGAGAAUGGCCGAAGGUAAAUCUGCAUCUAUGAACAAGAGAAUGAAAGACUGGUUGGGAGUCGAUGACUUAGAAGACAGUGAUGAAGAGAGCCGUGGUGAGGAUAGUGUCACUGCACCAACACUGACUGGACAGGAACUUGCAGCUACCGGUGCCAGUGAUAUCAGUAGCAUCAGUCGUGCAUUUGAUUGUGAAGUGCUGAAUGAGGACUCUUCUGACGAAGAUCCUCACAGUCAGCCAUGUCCCAACAUCUCCAGUAAAGGCAAUGAGGAAAAUGCUGACCACAACAAUGAAAAGUCAGCAGAUCUGAUCCAGGAGGAUGCAUCAGAUCAAGUCCAAAAUGUUGGAUCACCUUCAGAAGAUGAUCUCCCUAUUGAUCUGAUUGAAUUCUCCUCUGCUAAAGAAUUGGAGAAGGUGGGCCGUCAUCGAAUGAAGGAAGCUCUGAAGUCUUUAGGACUCAAAUGUGGAGGCACUCUGCAGCAACUUGCAGAACGACUAUUUCAAACAAAGGGAGUACCCUUGCAAUCUCUAGAUUCAAGUCUAUAUGUAAAGCCCAAGAAAAGCAAUACUGAUUUGAUAUGAUAGUGUUGUGUAUGGGAGCUACGGUAUGUAAUACAUCUCUACUGCUAUAGUUGGGUAGCAUGCUGUCUUCUGUUUGCUUUGAUUUGGUGUACAGUAUGUGCAAGACAGUAACUAUGACAAUGUGUAAGCCGUGUACAGAACCUUGAAGCUGGAGUAUGCACUAUGCAUAUAAUUGCAAUCGACUGACUUGCAUGUAGAAGUUCUACUGAGAUUUUGAAAGCUGUCAAUGCUUGGCAUGUAGUGAAACCAUCUGGAUUGUAUUACAUUCUCUUGUGUGAACUUGUUUCUGAUCUGUUGU